AUGAUUCUUUUUUUUUUCUUUCUUCAAUGUUUUUCUUUAAUUUCUUUUCCUUUCUUUCAUUCUUUUCUUCUUUCUUUUUUCUUUUCUUUGUUCUUCUUCUUUCAAAAUUCUUUUCUUUCUUUUUUUUUUUUUCAAGAAAUCAUUCUUUCUUUCUUUCUUUUCUUUAUUUUUUUUUUCUUUCUUUCUUUCUUUAACUUUUCUUUCAAAAUUUUAAAUAUUUUCUUUCUUUUCUUCCAUUCUUUCUUUCUUUCUUUCUUUCUUUUUUCUUUCUUUUUUUCUCUUUCUCUUUCUUUUUUCUUUCUUUCUUUUUUUUUUUUCUUUAAGUUCUUUCAGGUUUUUUUUGUUCUUUUCGCUUCUUUCUUUCUUUCAAGAGAAUUUUUUCUUUUUUCUUUUCUUCUUUUUUUUUUUUUUUCCUUCUUUCUUCUUUUCUCUUUCUUUAAAUCUUUUUCUUUUUCAUUUCAGUCUUUUUUUUUCAUUCUUUUCUUUCUUUUCUUUCUUUAUUUUUUCUUUCAAAAGUUUUCUUCUUUUUUUUUUCUUCUUUCUUUUCUUUCUUUUUUUCUUUCUUUUUCUUUCUUCAUUUCUUUCUUUCUUUUUUUUCUUUCUUUUUUUUCUUUUUUCAUUGAGUUUUUUCCUUUUUUUCUUUUUUCUUUCAUCUUUCUUCCUUUCUUUCUUUCAAAAAUUUUUUUUUUUUUUUUCUUUCUUUUUUUUUUUCUUUGUUUUCUUUCUUUCUUUUCUUUCUUUCCUUCUUUCUUUUUUCUUUCAUUUAUUUUUUUUUUUUUUCUUUCUUUUUUUUUGUCCAUAUUCUUUCUUCUUUUUUUUCUUUCUUUUUUUUCUUUCUUUCUUUCUUCUUUCUUUUUUUUUCUUCCAUUUUUCUUUCCUUCUUUCUUUCCUUUUUUUUUCCUUUUUCUUUCUUUCUUUCUUUUUUCUUUUUUUCUUUUUAUUUUUUUUCUUUUUUUUUUUCUUUCUUUUUCUUUUCUUUUUUUUUCUUUCUUUCUUUCUUUUCUUUCUUUCUUUCUUUUUUUUUUCUUUUUUCUUUUCUUCUUUUUUCUUCUUUUUUUUCUUUCUUUUUUUUUUUUAUUUCUUUCUUUUUUUCUUUCUUUUCUUUCCUUCUUUCUUUCUUUUUUUCUUUCUUUUUUUCUUUCUUUCUUUUUUUUUCUUCCAUUUUUCUUUCCUUCUUUCUUUCUUUUUUUUCUUUCUUUCUUUCUUUCUUUCUUUUCUUUCUUUCUUUUCUUUUUUUUCUUUUUUUCUUUUUUUUUUCUUUCUUUUUUUCUUUCUUUCAGAUCCUUCUUUCUUUUAUGUUCUUUUUUUCUUUUUUCUUCUUCUUUCUUUUUUUUCUUUCUUUUUUUUUUCUUUCUUUUUUUUCCUUUUUUUUCUUUCAUUUUUCUUUUCUUUUUUAAUUUUUUCUUUCAAUCUUUCUUCUUUCUUUCUUUUCUUUUUCUUUUUUUUUUUCUUUCUUUCUUUCUUUCUUUUUUUCUUCAUUCUUUCUUUUUUUCUCAUUGA